GACACGAAAACGCAAACGGUGCUGCAUCACAGCUCGGUUCUCCGCAAUGGAUGGAAGUUUUGAUUCGAAGUUUUGGGAAUCAAAACCAGUCAAAUGCCACACCUUUCUCCCAAAAACUCGAGACCGUACGAGCAAAAGUUAUGAUUGUCAUGGUUAUCGCCUGUACAUCGCUGUACGAAUCCUUUAUCGCAAUCGAUUUUAGCUGUACCCGUUCUAUCACGUGUCCAUUUUCAUACGUCUUUGUUUACUUCACGAAAACGAAAAAUAAAUGUCAAACCCUCGAAAAACUUCAUGAUUUUCAAAAGGGCGUUGGACUUAAAUCAAAGGCAAACUGAACACCUAAAAUUCUUGAUAUAAAGAGAAUAGUUUAGCAUCAACUAGAGCAGCUGUUUUUAUAAAAUUGUGAAAACCCAAGAUGGUGUCUUCUUCGAAUAUCCUGACCUAAAUUUUCAAAACAAUCAUUAUCAAGGAACUAAUUGUUUGCGGGCAGUACUAGCAAGAGCUAUUUCUAGUAUUUAAGACUUCUUUGGGUUAUCAAGGUCUAUGAGUAAAAUUGUCUUCAUAUUUAGAGCAGCUGUGUUCAGUAAAGUCCUUAUUACAGUGUUCCAUUCAACUUCAUUCAAGGCAUUAGGUCACGUUAAGAAAACAAACUUCAUUCUCAGAAAGGUCUUUCAUUUCAAAAUGGCAUUGCAAGCAGUUGUUGAAAAUCUUGCAUAUUUUGAGUUUAAUUCAUUUAUUAGAUGCUAACAUGCCUACUCCAAUGUUUGGAGACCUGUUAUCGGAGAAGCCUUGCUUUGCUACAGAGCGCCAGCAAAUGAAAACGAUGCCAAUGCAGUGGCUUUAACUACAUCAAAAAACAAAGGUGUUCAUGGUCAUCUGCCUAUUUACUUUUGCAAAUAGGUUUCAAGGUUUUUAAUGAAGACCACCAAUAAGCUAUGGCUGAAGUGACUGGAAAAAACUUUAAUCGAAGUGCUGGGUUUGGAGUCAAAUUCCAUGCAAAUAUAAAUUUUAUGGAGACGAAACAUCAAUUGAAUGGUUAAAAUAGAAAUUGGAACAUGAAGAGGAAACAUUAAAGAACAUGUUCUGCCACACUGGAAGUCGAAGAAAGAGAAAACACCCCUCAGACAAUUAAAUUUAAAGUAAUGUUUUUUCAAAAUUGAUCAUGUUAUUUAAAAUGAAACAGCUAUUGUCCGCUAUAAAGAGGUUUUUGUUUAUGAAAAUGUUUUUUUUGGGCAGAUAAGGCUGUCCGUUGUCCGUUGUAGAGAGGUGUCCGCUGUAAAGAGGUUCCUUUUAAAAAGAAAUGACAAUGUGAAAUUUUGGGACUCAACUAUCUGUCCGUUGUUUGGAGGUGUCCGUUGUAUAGAGGUGUCCAUUGAUGGAGGUUCGACUGUAAUGAAAAUUGGCAUGCAUCCACGGCUACAGGCAUUCCAGCAGGGAAGCAUUUUCAAAAUCAGAUAUCACUUUUUAACGAGACAGCUCAAACAAUCUACUGUCUGAUGUCUACUGAGACGGCUUUGAGGGACUGCAUGGCAUUUAAGUGACCCUGAAUACUAUGUCAAAACUUUUAUUUCUAAUAUCCCACCUGACUAUGACAUGGAAAUAUUUAUAAUCUGGUCACUUCUAGUACAACAUUCACAAUGCUAAAAUAUAUUAACAGACAAACACAAAAGGCAUGUGGAAAUCUGACAUUCGCCAAUGUUACGAAUAUCUGGAUCCGCUUUACUUUCAGUGAUGUUAGGCUUUUCGAGGCUUGCGCUAUUGCACUAUUCCAAUCAAAAUUCAUCAAUUUUACUGUUUGAAAUGAGGUUGGUCAUUAAAACUGGCGAAGAAGCAAGGUCUGCAAUAGAUCAUGUUUUACCUAUUUGGAUAAUGUGUCACAGGUAAACAAUACAUUUUUACAGAACAAGGAAAGUGUCUACUAGAAAAGUAACACAAAAUGACGUCUGGGUGCUGGAAUAAUUAACAUCAACAAGAUCUUAUAGCAAGGAAUGACAUUGUAAUUUUGAUUGAGUGCGCCAAGGAACAACGGUCAGGGUUUGAAAUUAUUCCCUAAACAAAUGUUCAACAUCUCGUGUCGGCCAACAGAAGCUGCGUUUCUUUGUUGCGUAGUUUAUCUUAUAGGGGACGAUAAGGAGAAAAAGAUCUAACAAGGACAUUGCUAUAAUAUACUGACAGACGUUUACUUCAUACAAGAUGUCUUGUAUAGGAAAAAGUAAACUUGUGAAACUUAAGCACAUGAUCCUAUGUGCAGGGCUGAUGUCUUUGUAUUUCAGUUUGAUAUUUGUAGUCAUGAUUGUCAACGAGUGGAAAAUCACGAAAAGGACCAACGACAAUGAUAUUGAAGAUGCAAGCUUACGAACGAGUACCACUAAAGGUGAGGUGAUGAAGCAAGGCACCGCCACAGCAGUAGCUAUGACAACAAAAGAAGAAGUAUCAACAACAAAUUGGCAAACAACAACAGCAGUAACAGCAACAAAAUCACCAUCAACAACAGCAUCAGCAGCAGCUACAACACAACCACCAACAACAACAGCAACAACCGAAACUACAACAAAAUCACCAACAACAACAGAAGCUACAACAAAAUCACAAACAACAACAGUGUCAACAGCAACUACAACAAAAUCACAAACAACAACAGCAGCUACAACAAAAUCACAGACAUCAACAGUAACAACAGCAGCUACAACAAAAUCACAGACAUCAACAGUAACAACAGCAGCUACAACAAAAUCACAGACAUCAACAGUAACAACAGCAGCUACAACAAAAUCACAGACAUCAACAGUAACAACAGCAGCUACAAGAAAAUCAUCAACAACAACAGUAACAAAAGAAGUUACAACAAAACCACCAACAACAACAGCAACAACAGUAACUACUACAAAACCACCAACAACUACAGCAGUAGAAACAACAACAGAACCUGCAGCAACAACAACAGUGGCAUUUACAUCUACUCCUCAACAGCCAUGGAAUAUGAAAUUCUACGGCCUUGGCUGCUACUUUUCACUUCCUGAAUUGUCAGAUUUUAAUCAUCUCGUGGUUAAUCUAAGAAACUAUAUUGACUGGUCUAAUAUGACAAAAACAAUAGUCGCCUGUGCUGAUUUCAUUAAGAAGCCAGAGACCAUCCGGCGUUAUGGACAGCUAUUAAAGUUCUUUGCCAUCAAAUUCUAUGGUGAAUGCUGGGCUGAAACUGAGAAUGUUUCAUUUAGUUAUUACAGCAGAGGAACAUUCGACAGUUGUUAUAAGAAAACUGGAGCCGAAAAUUCUGUUUAUGUCUACCAUUUUGGACCUUCAGAAAGACCACCGCAGAAAAAAGUUGUCUCUGUUGGGUGUUAUGCUGAUGGAGCAUCACUACCAAUAAAACAUCUGAUUGGCAAUUUCACAAUAUCAGGAGCUUCAAGCGAAUCAGACGGUACGCGUGUUGCAAGCGAUUGUUACAAGUUGGUUUGGGAACGUGGCUACAGCUUGUUUGGACUAAAGAAUAAAGGUGAAUGCUGGUCAGGCCCGGAUGCACACAUGACUUACAACAAAGACGGAGUUGCAACUGACUGUGUCCACGGCCUAGGCUCAGCAAACUCUUUCUCUGUCUACAGACUAGAGUGAAGCCACGAAAAACGCGAGGUUUGAAACAGCUACACAUGAUGAAGAUCUACUCUAACUAAACUGUUUGCUUAUGGGUUUAGUGAAAAACCAUUUGUGUUUUUUCCUCUUAUCUAAAUCAGUGACACUGAGAGCAAUCUCUUAAAAUAAUAGCAGCGCCUUUUAAUUAUCAAUGCCCAAUGGACGUGACUCAGAACGUGUACAUACACGACUAUUUCUUUUUUAAGAAGGCAACAUUGCAUAAUUAUGUUAAUACCCAUACCUUGUCUUAUCAUUAAUACCUUGUUACUCUUAUCUCUCUAACAAUCUAGAUGAAUUUGUUACAAGUUUCGAGUGAGAAUCAGAAGUCACUGUUCAAUGGUACAAGAGUAAUUCAAUAGUUGCGAAAAAUAAUUCCAUGUCAUAGUUGUUUCCAAAAAUAAAAAAGAUACUUGGGUCAUUAAGUUCUUCAUUUGUCGCUACGAUAAAGAGUAACGAAGUAAUGACGCCACCUAUCAAUUUUUAUAACUUUUCAAUUUUGACCAUAAAUCCAAAAGAGCGCUAUGAAAUAUCUCAAAAUGUGCCAAAUCUAUUGAAUGUGUUAAAAUUAGCUGAGACAUGGCCAUACAAGCACAGGCUUUUUCCC